UGGGGAAGGCUGGCCACACCCCCUCAGCCUCGUGAGGAGUCUCCCGCGCUGGUAGGCUUGUGUAUCCUGCAGGUGUGGUCUGUUUCGCUACGGGGUCUUCUUCUCACCUGCCCAGCAUCAGCCACUUUCUUCGGGGAUCGGGCGGCCCGGAGGCCCAGUACGCACCGCACCACGAGAGCUUGAGAACCGUGGUUGGAGAGAGGCGUGUUCGCAAGCCGGAGCGGACUCCGGGAGGCUGGCUGAGCGUCGCUUGGGAGGCGAGGGUGGACUCAUCGCGGUUUGGGGGUCAGCGCGUUGCAUCAGGAAUUCUCCAUCAUGAGAAAUCUGAAGUUACUUCGGACCCUGGAGGUCAGGGAUAUUCCGGCUCUGGGGACACCUCAGUGCUUCUCCCUCCGAACGGAGCAGGGCACAGUGCUCAUUGGCUCCGAGCGCGGAUUGCUGGAGGUGGACCCUGCCACCAGAGAAGUGAGAAAUGAAGUCCCUUUAGUGGCAGAAGGCUUUCUCCCGGAGGAUGGGAGCGGCUGCAUUGUUGGUAUUCAGGACUUGCUGGGUCAGGAGUCUGCGUGUGUGGCUACAGCCUCGGGCGAUGUCAUUCUUUGCAAUCUCAGCACAAACCAGCUGGAAUGUGUCGGGAGUGUAGCCAGUGGCAUCUCCGUCAUGAGUUGGAGUCCCGACCAAGAGCUGCUGCUUCUUGCUACAGGUCAACAGACCCUGAUUAUGAUGACAAAAGACUUUGACCCAAUCAUGGAACAGCAGAUCCACCAGGGUGAUUUUGGUGAAAGCAAGUUUAUCACUGUUGGAUGGGGCCAGAAGGAGACCCAGUUCCAUGGAUCCGAGGGCAGGCAAGCGGCCUUUCAGAUGCAAAUGCUCGAGCCUGCUUUGCCCUGGGAUGACCAUAGCCCACGAGUUACCUGGCGUGGUGAUGGACAGUUUUUUGCUGUGAGCGUUGUUUGCCCAGAGACAGGGGCUCGGAAGGUCAGAGUGUGGAACCGAGAGUUUGCUUUGCAGUCAACCAGCGAGCCUGUAUCGGGACUGGGCCCGGCUCUGGCUUGGAAGCCCUCCGGCAGUUUGAUCGCAUCCACACAGGACAAACCCAACCAGCAGGACGUUGUGUUUUUUGAGAAAAACGGACUUCUCCAUGGACACUUCGUUCUUCCUUUCGUCAAAGAUGAGGUUAAGGUGAACGACCUGCUCUGGAAUGCGGACUCCACUGUGCUGGCAGUGUGGUUGGAAGACCUUCAGAGGGAAGGAAAUCCCGCUCUAAAAACCUAUGUUCAGCUCUGGACUGUUGGGAACUAUCACUGGUAUCUCAAGCAAUGUCUGCCCUUCAGCGCCUGUGGGAAGAGCAAGAUUGUAUCUCUGAUGUGGGACCCGGUGACCCCGUACCGGCUGCACGUUCUCUGUCAGGGCUGGCACUACCUCUGCUAUGAGUGGCACUGGACAACUGACCGGAGCUUGGGAGAUAGUUCCAGUGACAUGGCAAAUGUGGCUGUCAUCGAUGGACACAGGGUGAUGGUGACCGUCUUCCGGCAGAGUGUGGUUCCACCUCCCAUGUACACCUACCGCCUGCUGCUCCCACAGCCCGUGAAUCAGGUCACGUUCUCUGCCCACCCUCAGAAGAGUAACGACCUCGCUGUCCUCGAUGCCAGUAACCAGAUUUCUGUUUAUAAGUGUGGUGAUAGUCCAAGUUUGGAUCCUACAGUGAAACUGGGAGCUGUGGGUGAGAAUGGAUUUACAGUUUCCCUUGGGACACCUCAUCUGGAAAAGAGAUACGAAAUUCAGUUUGAGAAUAGUGAAGAUCAAGAAGUAAAUCCACUGAAGCUCAGCUUUCUCACCUGGGUCCAAGAAGACGUCUUCCUGGCCGUAAGCCACAGCCGGGCCAGCCCACAGUCUGUCAUUUACCAUCUGACUGUGGCCUCUUCCGAGAUGGGUGACGAGCAUGGGCAGCUCACUGUGAUCUCUUCCGAGACGGAUGACGAGCAUGGGCAGCUCACUGUCAGUUCAUCUGUGACAGUGGAUGGGGUCAUAAUCAGCCUGUGUUGCAAUUCCAAGACCAAGUCAGUGGCAUUACAGCUGGCUGGUGGCCAGAUACUUAAGUACCUUUGGGAGUCCCCCUCUGUGGCUGUUGAACCCUGGAAGAACCCGGCUGGCUUUCCUGUUCGCUUUCCUUACCCUUGCACACAGACUGAAUUGGCCGUGGUUGGUGGGGAGGAAUGUGUCCUUGGUCUGACUGACAGGUGUCGCUUUUUCAUCAAUGACAAUGAGGUUGCUUCAAAUAUCACGUCGUUUGCAGUGUAUGAUGAGUUUUUACUGUUGACAACUCAUUCUCAUACCUGCCAGUGUUUUUGCCUGAGAGAGGCCUCAUUUAAAACAUUACAGGCAAGUCUGAGCAACAGCGAUGUGCCCAACGGGGAGAUUCUGCGGAAGGUGGAGCGGGGCUCGCGCAUUGUCACUGUCAUGCCCCAGGACACGAAGCUGGUGUUGCAGAUGCCAAGGGGAAACUUAGAAGUUGUUCAUCACCGAGCCCUGGUUUUAGCUCAGAUUCGGAAGUGGCUGGACAAGCAGAUGUUUAAAGAAGCAUUUGAAUGCAUGAGAAAACUGAGAAUCAAUCUCAACCUGAUUCAUGAUCACAACCCGAAGGUGUUUCUGGAAAAUGUGGAGGACUUCAUAAAACAGAUAGAUUCUGUAAAUUACAUUAAUUUGUUUUUCACAGAAUUGAAGGAGGAAGAUGUCACUAAGACCAUGUACCCUCCGCCAAUGCCCGGCCCCGUGCAGCCACCCAGGGGCCCCGAGGGGAGGAAAGUGGACCUUAUCUGCGACGCGAUGAGAGCGGCUAUGGAGAGCAUAAACCCUCACAAGUACCUCCUGUCGAUACUCACCUCUCACGUGAAGAAAUCCACCCCGGAACUGGAAGUUGUGCUGCAGAAGAUCCACGAGCUUCAAGGAAGCGCUCCCUCUGAUCCCGAUGCCGUGAGCGCUGAAGAGGCCCUGAAGUACUUGCUGCUGCUGGUAGACGUCAAUGAAUUAUACGAUCAUUCUCUUGGGACCUACGACUUUGAUUUGGUCCUCAUGGUAGCUGAGAAGUCCCAGAAGGAUCCCAAGGAAUAUCUUCCAUUUCUUAAUACACUCAAGAAAAUGGAAACUAAUUAUCAGCGGUUCACCAUAGACAAACACUUGAAGCGGUAUGAAAAAGCCAUUGGCCACCUCAGCAAAUGUGGACCCGAAUACUUCCCAGAAUGCUUAAACUUAAUCAAAGAUAAAAACUUGUAUAAUGAAGCUCUGAAGUUGUAUCCGCCGAACUCACAGCAGUACAAGGAUAUCAGCAUCGCCUACGGGGAACACCUGAUGCAGGAGCAGCGCUGUGAGCAAGGGGGACUGGUGUUUGCCCGCUGUGGUGCCCACGAGAAAGCACUCGAUGCCUUUCUGGAGGCUGGCAGCUGGCAGCAGGCGCUCUGUGUGGCGGCCCAGCUUUCCCUGAGCCAAGACCAGCUGGCCGGCCUCAGCAGAGUUCUGGCAGGGAAGCUGGCUGAGCAGAGGAAGCACAGCGAGGCGGCCACGGUACUGGAACAGUACGCCCAGGAUUAUGAAGAAGCCGUGCUCUUGCUGUUAGACGGAGCUGCCUGGGAAGAAGCGCUGAGACUGGUAUACAAAUACAACAGACUGGACAUUAUAGAAACCAACAUAAAGCCUUCCAUUUUAGAAGCCCAGAAAAAUUACAUGGCACUUCUGGACUCGCAGACAACCACAUUCAGUCGUCAUAAAAAACGUUUGUUGGUGGUCCGAGAGCUCAAGGAGCAAGCACAGCAGCACAUGCAUCUGGAUGAUGAAGUGACACAUGGCCAAGAGUCUGACCUCUUCUCUGAAACCAGCAGUGUCAUGAGUGGCAGCAACAUGAGUGGCAAAUACUCCCACAGUAACUCCAGGAUAUCAGCGCGAUCAUCUAAGAAUCGCCGCAAAGCAGAGCGAAAGAAGCACAGCCUCAAAGAAGGGAGCCCCAUGGAGGAGCUGGCGCUUUUGGAGGCUCUGGGUGAAGUGGUACAAGGUGCUGAAAAACUGAAAGAUGAAAUACGCUGUAUUUUAAAGGUGCUCUUUCUCUUUGAGUUUGAUGAGCAAGGAAGGGAAUUACAGAAGGCUUUUGAAGAUACUCUGCAGCUAAUGGAAAGGUCCCUGCCAGAAAUUUGGACUCUCAGCCACCAGCAGAAUUCAGCUAGACCUGUUCUGGGUCCCAAGUCCACUACAAACAGUAUCAUGGCCUCUUAUCAACAACAGAAGACGUCAGCUCCUCUUCUCGAUGCUGAGCUUUUCAUGCCCCCGAAGAUCAACAAAAGAACCCAGUGGAAACUGAGCCUUUUAGAGUGACGGGUCCUAUCCAGGAGGACCCUGCUGGAGAGGACCGUCUUCUCUCCGCUCCUCCCUCGCUCCUCGAGGCCUGGCUGCUGAGCACUGGGAAGGAAGAGUAAGAGGACGCCCUGCCUAGCGCAGCAUUGCCGAGAGCUGCUCUGUCCAGCAGACCGCUGCAGACGGGGAGCAAUUCUAGUCUGUUUUCUUUUGUUUUGCAUAGAGUUUUAAUUAGCGAAACUUUACUGUUUACCCAGUGUAGCAUCAUUGUGUAAGAAUUACUGUUCUUUUAUUCAGUACUGUUGCAGAGCACAUUUCUGGUGUUUAUGGUGAUCAGGAGAUGGAAUUUCAUUCCUGGUUGCGUGUCUGACUCAUAUUGGGACCUUAGACAAGUCACAUAGUGAACCUGUGCCUCAGUUAACUGGGAGUAAUGAUUCAUGGCUUCUACCUCAAACAUGUGAAGAAAAGUAAAGUAAUGUUUUUGAAUCGCUUUACGUUCCUGGAGGAGAGCAUUAUAUACAAACAAUGUGGCUGUUAGUAUUACCAACAUUUAGCACAUUUAAUCACUUGACUUUUUUGCCUUGAACUAAAGCAGAAUAAAAAGCUAAAUAUGUCCUUUGAAAUUCCAAAGUUUCCAUGCUAACAGCUGUUAUUUUGUAAUAUCUUACCUGGACAUGUGCUUCCAGUUAUGACCGGGUUGAGCUUCCUGUCACUACAGUGUCCACAGGGACUAUUUUCACUGCUUGCGAGUUUCUGCUACAGUCAGCAGAACAGAUCGGAAUUCCUGGGACAGUGCUGUGCCCAUUUGUCACGGCGAGCUGCGUUCUUCUUGGGGCAUGCACAGUUAUCCUUUUUCUCCAGAUAUUGCUUCUUUUAAUGUAAUGUUUUUGUCAGUGUCUAGAGACUAUUUCAUUUAUUUUUCAGUAUGGUACUUAACUGACCUCUUUUAGUUAUUUUCUUUGAAAGAAAUGCAAAUGUUUUUUUGAUCUGGAAAAAAGCUCAUGUCCUUUUGACAGUAGUUUUGUGGCUGAUUCUUAGGUAAGAUUAAAAAUUUCUUCCAUGCCUUUAACAGCAGAAUCAGACCUUCAUUACUGUGUAUCAACAAACAGGAAAUGCUGCUUUUGAUUCUCAGAGUAUUGAUAUGUCCAGAAAUGUAAUGAAGACUUUUCUUAAUGUAGCAAAAUGUUAGCUGUAGAAUCUAGGUGUGUUCACUGCAUGAUUCAACUUUUCUGUGUGUCUGAAAAUUUUCACAAAAUAUUAGAAAAAAGAAGAUAUAAAGAUAUAUUCUGCUUUGGAGAAACUGACUUUCUGAGUGACCCCCCCGUGGAUUUGCUAUAAUUGAGUGCCCAGCACUGGAAGGCUGCAGUGCUUGGUGGCUCCCCUUUGGCCUGGGGACGUGAGCAUGGUGACUGGUACCCCAUUCCAGUGAGUCGUAGUGAAGGGACCCCUGCUGAAGGAUGGGAAACACAAGGAGAUGUGUGUCAAUCACAGUGUGACCUCACGGGCGAUCAGUUUUCUUAAAAUAAGCUGAAGCAGCAAGAAAGAAUUUGUGUGAACUCUUUCAGCUCAAAUUACUAUCAAUUACUAUCUGUUGGAAGCAAGAUGGAAUUUUUUUAUUUGGAGAAAAAGCAGGUGGGAGCAGACCUUCCAAAUUGAAGGCAAAGUCAAGGAAGAAAUCAGCAGUGAAAAAUACAGUGUAUGGGAAAAAGGGAGAUCCUGGGAGUGAUGAAUACUUCAUUUUGGGGAAAGAUUCUGUCAAGUUCUAGAAGAGAGUAUAUAACUCUUCCCCCAAAUUUGGACUCUGUCCCAAAGCAAGUCCAUGCUGUGAUGAGCUAGAGGCCUUCCUUGUUUCAUUGGUUCCGUUGAGUCAGCAUCGCUCAGCUGCCCCAGACGUGAAGAGGUAACUUCCAGACAACUGUCUCCCAGAAUCAAAGUGCGCUUUAAAUUUACACGCCUUGGAAAAAAAAAAAAAAAAAACUAAGGCAGGAGCUAAUGUUGUCAUCAUGUCUUUGUGAGUCUAGCUUGGUGUCAUUUCUUAGCGCCACCACAUACAGUGUUUGUUAACAUUUUUCCAUACAUACUUAUAUACACACGUGUACACAUUUGAGAGAUUUUUAAUGGCCAUAAUUGAAGAAGGUGUUUUUAAAAAUAAGUAAAACUGCUGAUUUUUCAUAAUUUAAGGAAACCACAAGUUUG